UUUUGACGUGUAGUUUGUUUACGUAUUCGUAUUCCUGAUUCAAUUAAAAUUUUAAAUCAUAAAUAAAUCUUUUACACAAAAAAAUGUCACUGAGUUUACUUCUAGAGAAAUAUGAUGUAUCGACCGAAGAAGGUCUGCAGAAGGCUCUUAGUGAAAUUGAAAAAGAGGAGGCCGAAGUCGACGAAGCCCUAUCUGGGGCAUUAUCUCGGGCGUGCACCCUCGAGGGCCGCCUGCGCACGGCGAGCCAGGCCUACACCAAGCUCGGGGAAGUGAAGGCAGAUGCCCAGGAUGCUGCCAACAUGGUAGACAGAACAGCGGCCUUAGCCAAGGAUGUCAGUGCCAAAGUGCGUCAACUGGACCUAGCUAGAUCUAGAGUAGCAGAAUGUCAGCGCAGAGUGCAUGACUUGAUUGACCUACAACUAUGCAGCGCUGGGGUGGAGGCUGCAAUUAAGGCUCAUGAUUAUGAGACUGGCGCGGGGCACGUAGCACGUUUCCUGAGCAUGGACCCGGGCUCAGUGGCGGCGGCGCGCGCGCGCGGUGCCCCCGACCCGCGCGACGCCAUGACGCGCGCCGCCACCACGCUGCGCGAACACCUCGUGCGCAAGUUUGAGGAGGCAGCGCGCAAAGACGACGCGGCGAGCGUGGAGCGGCUGUUCAAGUUGUUCCCGCAGAUCGGCCGUGCAGAGGAAGGCGUCGACCUGCUCGCCAAGUACCUCGCCGCGCAGACCGAAGUGGCGAUCAGGCGCGCCUGCGUGGUUUCUGACCCCAACAGCGAAGCGGCGGUGUUCGCGGACGCCAUGACGCGCGUUUUAGAGUGCGCGGCGGCGGCCGUGGAGCGCUGCCGGGCCGCCGCAGCCGCGUCCGCGCCCGCGCUGCUGCCGCGAGCUGUGAGGAUCAUACAGCCCACGGUUUGCGCAGGAGCAAGACGCGUGUCUCGCGAACUAGUGGCACGACGUCGCGUGGAGCCCGAGCAGCCCGCCCGAGCGCCACUGUCACCAUUGGCCGCCGAGCCCGCGCUCGUGGAGCUAUCUCGCGCGCACAACACUGUCGUGCUGUACUUCACCUUCCUGCGGCGCAAGGCCGAGGCCGAUGCAGCGACAGUAGAUGAAGCUACAAGGAAAGCGAGCAUAGAAGCCAUGGACAAGAUCAUCGCGGAGUGCGACCUAACGCGAACUGCGCAGGACCUGUUGGGACAUUACCUUGCCCUCGAGAGGUACUUCUUGGAAGAAAACGUGAACAAAGCUCUGAAGAUGGCCACGCCACAGACCGGGGUCACGACGUCGAGUCUGGUGGACGACAUCUUCUUUAUUGCUAGGAAGGCAAUAAGGCGCAGCGUGGCGACGGGCAGCGUGCAGGGCGCGUGCGCGGUGCUCAACGACGCCGGUGCGCUGGUGGAGCGCGGUGCAGGGGCUUUGCGUCGCUGGCUGCGCGCGCCGCCGGACGUGUUGCCGCUGCCGCCGCCGCCGUCGUCGCACGCCAUGACGUCAGCAGCGGCGGUGUUGGACGCGGCAGGCGCGCUGGCCACCAGGCUCAACCGAGAUGUCGACGCGCAGCGGGACCUGUUUCUGGCGCACACGAACGAAGCGGAGGCGGGCGGCGAGUGGUCGGAGCGUCUGGCGGCGGAGGCGUGCGCCGAGGCCGAGGUGCUGGUGCGCGCGCCCGCCGACCGCGACCGCCUGCUCUCCUGCGCCGCCGGGCUCGCCGCCGCCGCCGCCGCCUACCGCGCCGCCCACGAUCUCGCGUUAGACGGCAUCAAGGCGGCGCUCAAGCCACGUGUUGUGGCUUGGGCAGAGUAUAUUGCUGAUCCAGGAUGUGAGCCAGACGAGAUGGAAGAGGACGCGGACGCGCUGCCCAUAGCCCUGGACACCCUGCUGGAAGGAGCACGAGCCGCGCUCUCUCCACGCGCCACUGAUGCCGUGCUGCUGGCGCUGCUGGCCGACCUGGCCGCGCGCGCCGAGGCCCGCCUGCUGCACCACCACUACACCAGGGAGGGCGGGCUGGUGGUGGAGCGGCGCGCACGUCGACUAGCGGCCUGGGCGGGUGGCGCCGCGGCCGGCGCGCGUGAGAGGCUAGCGCGCCUGACCCAAGCUGCGGCGCUGUUAGCAUUGGAAAGACUGGCACACGUGUCUGAUGUCGUGGGUCCUGCCACGCGGCUGGCUCCCAAUUUGAUCAGAGACAUAUUAGCACGCAGAACUGACUUCAAGAUCGAGGAUAUAAAACGACUUAAGUUUUAAACACCACAAUAAUAUCUAAAACAUUUAUAUACACUGUAUCAUAGCCAUUAUUUAUAGAUAUUAAUAU